ACAUCCGACGAUGCACGAUGAAUAUUGGAAAAAACUUCACGAUUAUUUUAUCUUCUCGCGUUCCUUUGUACUUCUCUAUUCCACGAGCAAGACGGUUUUGCUCGCGACAAAAAAGGCGGGCAUGCGUUACACGAUGAAACAAAAAAAAGGCUCAAAUGCCUAUCAACCGACUCAGGGGGUUAGCGAACAGGUCCUGGCCGCUGUUCCUUCGCCGUUUUGUUGUUGUUGUUGCUGCUGCUACUGCUGCUGUUGUAGCUGCACUAUCGCUGCAGCAUAUUGCGGUGCAUUGGGUUUCGUUAAAGCUCCGGGUGUCCGGUCGUCAGAACGGCGCCACUCGAAGGAGGGAUCGCCGGUUCGGGAACGGCACCGGCGUUCUGUGUCGCGGCCAGGACGCCGAUUUCUUCCUUCUUGCAUUCCUUCUUGGCUUCGAUGACGGCAAUGUCUUUUCGGGCGUUGUCAAAGGCGGCGCGGAUCUUGGCCUCCUUGUCUUGGUCGGACAUGCCCUCGGAUUUUUCGAGUUCGGCCAUCAGGUCGUAGAUCUCGAUUCCGAAGGAUUGCUUGCGGGUGUUGAUUUCGCGCUCCAAAAAGAGGACGUCCAUCUGUGGCGCGAUCCCGGUUGGGUUGGCGGUGCGUUGGUGAGCGGUUGCACGAGCAAGCGGAGGGAGAUCGAAGGAACGGAACAAGGACGCGAAAGUGUGAGUAAGAACUCCGUGCGGAACGACACAAUUUUUCAUUCCCGGAUCCAGUCGUAGACCGACGCUGCUACGGUCACAACGGCCCACCACAGGAACGAUCCAAAAAAACACCCAUGAAUGACUACGGCACAGCGAGCAAUGCCCACCAGCGCGCCCUCAACGAAGGAGCUGUCUUUUCCACCCAAACAGUCGUCCGGAAAGUGGUUAACCCGGAUCCGACCACCGGGUGGCGCAAACGAGUCGCUGGUGGGAGCCCAGGGGCCGAAGCGCGCGGGGGCUUCAACGAAGAAAACGAAAGGAUCCAUAGGGCCGUGCGGUACAUACCCGGAGUCGUGACAGUCGUCCGUACUUGCGUACCUUUAGCAUUUGCUUCGCACCGGCAUUGACAACCGAGUUGCUCGCCCUUUUGACUUUUUCCAUAACGUUACUCAUUGUGUUGGUUGGUGGUUGUUUCAGAUCGAAUUUUUGGGAAUUGUUGAGAAUGGUUUUUGAUACGAAGACUUUUUGCUGUGCUCGAGGAAAGUCAGAAUGCUAUCCACAAAGCCAAAGGUUCCGAUGGUUGAAUAAUCAAAUUAUUUUUCUCGAGGUUACCGUUGGUCCACGGUUGGGUAGUAGUAGACGAGAAGUUUAGCCGGAGUUGUUUCUGCCAGCAUAUGUAAGCUUAUUUUCGUACUUAGCCAAAAAGACUUGUUCCCACCAAUUACGCGACCAAUGUCGCGCACACGUCGUCCCCGGGUGCGCGCUAACGAAAACAACAUUCUUUGGUUCCUCCAACAAAACCCGAAGCGAACCGAAUUUCUCUCUGCCAAGCCAUGCAUCAUCCGAACUCUCGAACCGCAACAAGAUUCGAGGUGUCGUCGGCAAGUUCCCGCAGUGCGCACUCGCAGGGGGUGUGGUACAACAAGGCAACGAUCCUAUCGAUCCCAAGCAACGAAAUAGCACAGCGGCAGCGAUCGGUGCGGCUUCGGGACUUUUUCCUGCAAGGAAUGCGACUGGACUUUGUCGGCAAUGCGACCGGUCCAUCCAGCUAUCGUACCCAUUGGUGCGUCCGGCGACGAACGAGGUGUGGAGUCGGACACGACGUCGACAAAAGAGUGAGGCGAUGGUGAUCAUGAUCGUGGCGGUGAUUUGGCAACAUGAAAAAGGGAUAAUUCCGGUUGGGCCUAGACAAGAAGGGAAAUGUCACCUUUCGGCGGCAAAAAGCCAUGGGAUAGAACGCGGUGCACCCCGCUGCGUUCCGGUCCGUGGCGAACACAACAACCUGUGCACGGAUCGGGAUCCGCUCUCUUGCCGCGCCGUGACCGGCACCGAGCUCGGCGGUGAUCGGUGGACAAACACGACCGCUUGUGCUUCGGGUGAUACAAUCUCUUGUGCAAUGCCCAAGACCACGCAGCAAGUAUUGUCGAAAAGAACAUACGCAUCCAUUAUGUUCAGGAUCGAUGGGGGGCAGCUUUGGACCUUAUCCACGACGAAGGAUCGGUUUGUUUCCAUCGCUCGGCAUUGUUGAAAUCAUUGGAGGGGAUCGAGUGAGUUGUUGAGUCAGCGAGUCAGCCAAUCGAUCAUUGGGGUUUCGCACCACGACAAAAUCACCCUGCAGUGGCCAACAAAAAACGAUGUUUUGCUCUUGUAACUGAAUCCAGCGUGGAAACAAGAGUCUGAAAAAAAUCCCUCGUGAUUCGCCAUCCCAGCCAACGCUUGCCCUGCGCAUCGCAAUACAAAAACAUAGAUUUGGGAUCGUUGCCACGAACGAAGUCGCGGUUCCGAUGUUCAUCCUAUGGUUUCUCUGUACAAUAGAAAGUACAGCACGAGGUUACGAGACGACUUCAUCGCUGAUCUACUCGUCUCUCUGCUACCGAAUUUCCAAAAAAUUGACCAUCCCAUCGCUCUCGCACAAUUUCGAAUGGAGCCCCUGAAACCAGCAAUGGCAGACGGGUCGCAGGCUCUCGGAGUGCACUCCGCUUUGGAGGGCGAUAUGUGUCAAAAACAAACACGAGAAAGACCGAUAAAUGAUACCAUCAUUUCAAAGGUCAGGCCAAUUGACGUGCAUUGCUUCUAAUGUUAUUUCGUGCUUCAUUUCAAAAAAAGUAUCGACCGAGAGUAUGCAAUAGAAAUAUUAUUUCAGAAUUCAACGUGCAGAAAUUAAUGGUUUUCUACAUU